GACCCAUUGUUGAACAUGAUCUAGAUCUAGUAACGUGUUCAAAUUGAUUUUUUGUUCCAAUCCUAGUAACCUAUACAAAACAACUGUAGAAGCCAAACUCGCCCUGUCUUGAUGUGCAAAAUGGCUGAAACUGAAAACACUGACGCGCUAGAAAACUGUGAAAUUAAGCUGGAAUGUACAGAAAAUUCUCAUCCUUUCGAGACGCGCAUCUUCAUGAUCGCACCAGGAAACGAAAAGCAUAUUGGUCGCUAUCGUAAAAAGAAAUUAAACACAACACUGGAUGACCACCUACUGUUUGAGAAUCGCAUCCUGUCCCACACUCAUGCUUUACUGUUGUUUCAAGAAGGAAAGCUGUAUCUUAAGGAUCUUUGCAGCUCAAAUGGGACGUACCUGAAUGGUGAAUACAUUGGACCGGCCAGUGAGGAAGCGAGCGAACCGCAAGCGCAGCAGCUGAAAACGGGGGAUGUUUUGCGCUUUGGAAAACUACGCACCAUUGAUGGCGAGUUGAUUAAACCGAUCGAGGCAAAGCUUACGAUACAAUAUCCACCCUCAGUGCAGGUUGAAGGCAGCAAGCAACCUCCCGCAAACUAUACCCCCUGCGAGGGUCAGCAGCUUGAGCAAACUACACCCGUGGAACAACGUUCCCGCAAACGCUCUGCUCCUUCUUCAACCAUUAGCAAGGCAAUCAAGGGAAAAGUGAAACCAAUAUCCUGCAAAACGGCUGAACGAUCAACGGUGACAGAGGAAAUUCAGCUCUGCACCAAAUCGACGCAAAGUGUACACACUGAGGAAAAGAAACCAUCUACCGCGUGUGACAGUUGCGAAUUACUAACUCAAGCAUUUUACAACUAUCGAAAACGGGCACUGAUUGCAAUUGCCUUCUGUCUAGCGAUUAUAGUAGGCUACCAACAAUAUGUAAAAUUUUAAAUGGUUCAAAGCUGACGGUUGGAUUGUGUUUGAUUUUAGUACCCUAAAAUAUACAUUACUGUGUCACAGUGA